CCAGGGCAGCACUCCUGACAGGCCGUCUCCCUAUAAGGAAUGGCUUCUAUACCACCAAUGCCCAUGCCAGAAACGCCUACACGCCGCAGGACGUAACUGGGGGCAUCCCGGAUUCUGAGCUGCUCCUUCCCGAAUUGCUGAAGAAAGCAGGCUAUGCCAAUAAGAUAGUUGGCAAAUGGCACCUGGGCCACCAACCUCAGUUCCAUCCCUUGAGGCAUGGCUUUGACACCUGGUUUGGAUCUCCCAAUUGCCAUUUUGGACCGUACGAUAACAAAGCUACCCCCAACAUUCCUGUUUAUAGGAAUUUGGAAAUGAUUGGCAGGUAUUACGAAGAUAUACAAAUUGAUCGUAAGUCUGGAGAAGCAAACCUAACCCAAAUGUACUUACAGGAAGCCCUGGAUUUCAUAAGCAGCCAGCAAGCCAGCCAUCAGCCAUUCUUGCUCUAUUGGGCCAUCGAUGCCACGCAUGCCCCCGUGUACGCCUCCAGGGAGUUCCUAGGCACAAGCCAAAGAGGAUUGUAUGGCGAUGCUGUGCGGGAAAUUGACUUUAGCAUUGGGAAAAUUCUUAGGCACCUUCAGAAUCUGGGCAUCAGCAACAAGACCUUUGUGUUUUUUACAUCUGACAAUGGGGCCGCCCUCAUUUCAGCCCCAGAACAAG